ACCGGGUGCACCAGCCUCCACGCCGGAAGCUCCACGUGGUUGGGGCGGGCGCACGUGUGCUGCGCUUGGGCUCGGGAGAGCCGAUGGGGGAGCCUGCGCGGCGGCAGCUGCCGGAUUGCAACGCCCGAUACCGGGACCGGAGCUUCUGGGAGGCGCGCUACCGGGAGGAAGGGGCCGCCCCGGCCGAAUGGUUCGGGGGCUUGGAAUGUUUCCGCCAACAGCUGGAGGCGGAGCUGAGCCCCACGGAUCGGAUCCUGGUGCUGGGCUGUGGGAACAGUGCUUUGAGUUACAACCUCUACCAGCUGGGCUAUACAGACAUCACCAGCAUUGACUACUCCGCAGCUUGUAUUGCAAGCAUGCAGGAUUACUACGCCCACUGCCCAGAACUCCAGUGGGUAGUAAUGGAUGCCCAGGCCUUGGCAUUCCAGGAUGCAAGCUUUGACGUGGUCUUGGAGAAGGGCACUCUCGAUUCCAUGAUGGUGGAAGAGACAGAUCCUUGGCAUGUGUCUCAGGAGGCCAAAACACUCCUGGAACGAGUUUUGACGGAGGUCAGCCGAGUCUUGCAGCCCCGGGGGCGCUUCAUCUCUAUCACGUUUGCCCAGCCCCACUUCCGCAAGUGCCACUACGCUCAGCCCGCCUACGGCUGGUCCACCCGUCACGUCAUGUACGGCAGCGGCUUCCAUUACUUCCUGUACGUCAUGCAGAAGGGUGAGGGGCUGUCCCCCUCUGACCUGGCUCUGGGGCGGAGCCUCCACUCACCCCUCGGCGCACCGACCCCCAUCUGCCAGCUCCAGGACGAGGAGGGGGAGAACUUUCUCUCCACCAUUGAACUGUGACCCCGCCCCCCCCCGGGGAUGGAGCAAGAGGGGCUCGGCCUUUCUUCCCAAGGAAAAGGACUUGUGUGACCAUGUACUGGAUCGCCGCUGUUGGACUACCAGAGCCCAAAAUCUUUUGGGUCACUCUGAGUGAUUCUUUCUUGCAGAUCUAUAUAUUUAUUUGUUGUUUUGCUUUUUAAAAAUUUUUAAUGCCUUCUCAUCGCUUGGCAGCGGGAUCCUGUUUUCCCCACAGAGCGGGAUGGGAACGUUCUCUGCCAUGAACUCCGUUUUGUAUUGAACACUUUUCUCUAAAGUCCCAUUCCUGCUAUCAGAGGUCUACAAAUUUUCAUGUGAAAAGGGGUUGGGGCAUUGGAAUUUCCUGGGCUGGUUUUUUUUUUUAAUGUUUUGUCCACGCCACGAUCUUUUAAAAGACAUUUUUGGUCUCCUCCAGUUAUGCUGGAGUGGUCUGAACUGGGCUGUAUCUUCUUGGAAAAGAGAGAAGGAUCAAGAAAGAGGCAAAUUCACAAUCUUGGAUUUCUCCCUCUGCCGUCUUAACAGCCUCCAGGCGGCUUUAGCCUGCUCUUUCUAAAUAAAUCACAGCUGGAACUGCCCGA